AUGGCAACCUCCAAAUUCCACGAUCUACCCCGCGUCGCAGGCCCAUUGACCUGCCCGUACAAGGGAACAUCGCUCCUCAAAUCAUCUCAAUUUAACAAAGGAUCCGCCUUUCCAGAACAUGAGAGAACAAAGUUCAAGCUCCACAGUCUGCUCCCGCCAAACAUCCAGACACUGGAUGAGCAGGUCCAGCGCGCUUAUCAGCAGUAUCAAAGCAGAGCAGAUGAUCUAGCCAAAAACACCUUCCUGGCGAGUAUGAAGGCGCAGAAUGAAGUGCUGUACUACAAGCUCGUGCAAACCCAUCUCAAGGAGAUGUUCAGUGUGAUCUAUACACCUACGGAAGGAGAUGCGAUUGAGAAUUACUCGCGAUUAUUUAGGAAGCCGGAGGGGUGCUUUUUGAAUAUCAAUGAUCAAGAUCACUUUGACGAGUAUCUCGCUGGGUUUGGGACUAAGGAGGAUGUGGAUUACAUUGUUGUCAGUGAUGGGGAAGAGGUACAUACAUCACUGCUGGAGGUUGAAUUAGCAUUGGAGACCAAGGUGUGGGCGCUAUUCUCAUAUCGGUUGCGAAACUGGUUAUUACCACGCUCUGUGCUGGAAUCCAUCCUUCGCGACAGCUCCCGGUUGUACUGGAUUGCGGGACAGAUGCCUCCGACAGCGUCGGGUCAGGGGGAGAAAUACGACGAAUUUGUGGAUAAGUUCGUCAAGGCUGCUCGCAAACAAUUUCCCAAGGCUUAUAUUCACUUCGAGGACUUCGGGCUCAAUAAUGCACGGAGAAUACUCGAUAGGUAUCAGUCACAGAUACCUUGUUUCAAUGACGACAUCCAGGGCACAGGGUGUGUUACGCUCGCCGCCAUGUUGGCUGCACUUCAAGUCAGCCAAGUUAAAUUGGAAGAUGUGCGAGUAGUGAUCUUCGGCUCAGGAACGGCUGGUAUUGGCAUUGCCGACCAAAUUUCAGAUACCAUCGCCACAGAGACACGAAAGUCAAAAGACGAAGCCUCUAAGCAGAUAUGGUACGUGACAAUGAGUGAUAUGGAAGAUGAAAUCCCCACUCACAGUGUUCAUUCAUCCAGGUGCAUCGACAAGCCCGGUCUCCUUGUAAAGUCCCUUGGUGAUAAGUUGACCGAAGGCCAAAAAUCUUUCGCGCGAAAUGACGACCAGUGGUCGGACAAUGAUCGAGAUCUUCUGUCGGUCGUCAAAAAAGUCCAUCCUCAUGUGCUUAUCGGGACCUCUACCAAGCCCGGAGCAUUCACCGAAGACAUCAUCCGUGAGAUGGCCGACCAUGUAAAACGACCAAUCAUCUUCCCCUUGAGCAAUCCGACACGACUCCACGAGGCGAAGCCCGCUGAUCUCUAUGAAUGGACUGACGGACGAGCCCUCGUUGCCACGGGGAGUCCAUUCCCGCCAGUCACCCAUAACGGCACAGACUAUGAAAUUGCGGAAUGCAACAACUCCACUUGCUUCCCAGGCAUCGGUCUGGGAGCAGUCCUCUCGCAAUGUCGUCUCAUGUCUAAGAAGAUGCUAGUUGCUGCCGUGGAAGCACUCAAAGCGCGGUCACCAGCCCUGAAAGACUCUGCUAAGCCGUUGCUGCCCGAUGUGGAAGAUGUGCGUGAAAUCAGUGUUGAUAUUGCCGCGGCUGUGAUCUCGUGUGCUGUGGAGGAGGGGCUGGCACAGGCUAAAGGCAUCCCUACCGAUGAAUCGGAGCUGCGAGAGUGGAUUCGAAUCCAGAUGUGGGAGGCUGAGUACCGGCCUCUAGUCUAUGAGAAUUAA